AUGGCGACUGUGUCGGUACAUGCCCUAAGCACCGGUCACAUUACCAUCCCUGAACGAUUCUUUGUGGUUCCAGCGGACCCUGUUGCUCAAAAAACUGUGCCUUCGUUGUCAUUUUUGAUACAGCACAAAGAUGCAAAAAGUGGAAAGGUCACGCGAAUCGUCUUCGACCUGGGUAUGAGGCGGGAGCUCAACCUCUACCCGCCAGCUUUGACUGCCCACCUGGCGAAUCGAGGACCAGUGUCGACACGUCCAGAUGCGGUCGCUUCACUGGCAGCCGGGGGUCUUCGUGUGAAUGACAUUGACUACGUGAUAUUCAGCCAUGUACACUACGAUCACGUCGGACUUCCAAAGGACUUCGAUGACGAUAAGACCAAGUUCAUCGUGGGCAAUGGCGCUCUCGAUCUGCUUAGUGGGAAGACGCAGCUCAACUUGGGGAAACAUAUGGUUUUUGAGCCGGAUUUGCUCCCACUAGAAAGAACGAUAGAAUUACCUCCUCCGGAUGGUGGAGACUCACAAUUCUCAUGGAAACCAUUCGCCAGCUUCCCACAUGCGAUCGAUUUCUUCAAAGACGGCAGUGUCUAUAUUGUCAACGCCCCAGGGCACCUCCCAGGCCACGUCAAUCUCUUGUGCAGAGUCUCGAGUCACCCAUCCAAGUUUGUUUGCCUAGCCGGGGACUCAUGUCACGAUGUUCGAUUAUUGACGGGGGAGUGCGACAUAGCGACGUGGACGGACGAGACCGGGAGAUACUGCUGCAUGCAUGUGGACAUCCCCAAGUCGAAGGAGACAUUGGCUCGCCUGUACUCGGCAUCUAAAGAAGGCAUCCAGGUGGAAGGGGAAGAGAAGCCGGCAGAGUUUGAAAUCAUCUUUGCCCAUGAUUUCGCGUGGGAAGAGAGGGCAGUCAGGGAGAGGAAAUUCUGGCCGGGGAAACUAUGA